CACACACAUAUAUACAUAUAUACAUAUACCCAUAUAUAUAUAUAUCUAUAUAUAUAAUACCUCCACAAAGGGCUCAGAGUCAGAGAGAGAGACACAUAUUGGAAGUAGAAAACAAUUUCUCUGUGAUUCCAGAAACACCCUCUCUCGCUUCUCUCUCUCUCUAGUGUUACCAGUUGGCUCUUGCCCAAAAUUUCCCGGCUUUGUAUUCCACGAGGCUCUAAAAAAGUAGCUCCUAAACCCGGAAAACUUUCCUUUCGGCCUUCCUUUUUUUAAAAAAAAAAAUUGUUUAAUUAUUUUAUGUCUGUUAAGAACUCGUGGGCAGUUCAUUAAAUAGUCGGCUGUUAGAUGAAUCGAAGGCUUUGAGCUCUGCUUCGCUUUUCUCUGAAACAGCUAUGGCCGAAUAUAUCUGCUUAAUCAACCAGGAUGCAAUCAUAAUAAAAUCUCCUAAGAAAUCUCCUCUACUGUUAAGGACAAUAGUCUUAAUCUUUGCUAUGGUGUGUGGCGUUUAUAUCUGCUCAAUAUGUCUCAAGCAGAUAAAUAUUCAAAACAACAUUAAUUUUCAGACUAUCCAAUUCAUUGAAGGGCCUCAUCAUGAUAAUGGGAUCAAGUUACUAGAAAAUCCUUACCGGCAUUUUCCCAAUCCCAAAACCUUUAGCCGGGGCGAAUGUGCGCGUAAUCCAGUAAAGUUCUUUACCAUCCUGUCGAUGCAGAGAUCGGGAAGUGGGUGGUUUGAGAGCCUAUUGAAUAGCCAUAUCAAUGUGAGCUCUAAUGGUGAGAUAUUUUCUCGUUGGUAUAGGAGAGAAAAUAUUUCCUCCAUUGUACAGACUCUAGAUAAAGUUUAUAAUUUGGAUUGGCUCAGUAGCGCCUCGAAAAAUCAGUGCUCCGCGGCAGUUGGCUUCAAGUGGAUGCUUAAUCAGGGGUUGAUUGAGCACCAUAAAGAGAUAGUGGAGUACUUUAAUCGGAGGGGUGUUUCUGCAAUAUUUCUCUUCCGCAGGAAUUUGUUGCGCAGGAUGGUUUCAGAUCUUGCAAAUUCAUAUGAUCGAUAUGCUAAGCUAUUGAAUGGAACCCACAAGGCGCAUGUACAUUCAGUGGAGGAGGCUGAAAAACUUUCAACAUACAAGCCGACAAUCAAUUCUACAUCGUUGAUUGCGGAUAUUGAAAAGAUGGAGUUGACAGCUGCAAAUGCCUUAGCAUACUUCAAUAGCACUAGACACAUGAUUGUGUAUUAUGAGGACGUUAUGACGAAUCACACUAAACUGCAAGAUGUUUUAGAUUUUCUUGGAUUGCCACAAAUGGAGCUAAAAAGCCGUCAAGUAAAGAUACACAAAGGAUCAUUAGCUGACCACAUCAAGAACUGGGAUGAUGUCAAGAGGACGCUCAAGGGAACGGCUUACGAGCAUUUUCUCUACUCUGACUACUGAUUUUUAGUCUGCUUCUAAGUUCUAACACUAUUGGAUUGGAGUAAAUACCAACCUAACUACCGAAUUCUUACCACAAGCUGGCGGGGGUUUUGGGCGGCUGUUUGAAGUUUUGGCUGCAACGCCCUCUCGGUUUUCUGAUUCUCAUUUCCCUUUCUCCCCAUCAACAAUUCGUUGAUGUGUUCUAUACCCUUUUUUGUUUCUUUUUCUUUUUGUUUGAUCUUAUAGACCAGGCCAAUUUGUAUGUGUACUAAAGAAUGCGAGUUAAAAUGCGAUUGUUUAAUGCCAAAAAAAAAAAAGAGAAAAGAAAAGAAAAAAACGAGAAAAGAU